AUGGACGUUCCCGUCGCGGCUAACACGCUCGGCAUCCUGGGCGCUGUCUGCUGGUCCAUCCAGAUCGUCGUCAACGCGCGGCGGCACCACGCGACGGGCCUGCAGCCGAGCAUGAUGAUGCUGUGGGCCUGGGCGGGCGUGCCUCUCGGCGUGUAUAACAUCUCGGAGGGCUUCAACGUCGCGCUGCGGGUGCAGCCGCAGAUCUUGACGGCGUUGAGCUUGGUGACGUGGGUGCAGUGCCGGCACUACCAGCGGAAAUGGACCGUCAAAAAGUCCCUCCUCGCCGCCGCGCCCAUCGCCCUCGCCAUGGCCGGCACGCAAGCCGGCCUGAUCCUCGCGCUGCGCGCCCUCCGUCCCCUGGGCGUGCGCUGGCCGGCCACGCUCAUGGCGGUGCUCUCGGCGGCGCUCCUCGCGGCGGGCGUGCUGCGGCACUACUGGGACAUUUACACGCACCGCACCGUGCGCGGCGUGUCGUUCCUCUUCGUGGGUAUCGACGCCGCCGGCGACGUGUUUAGCCUCGCGAGCGUCUUCUUCCAGGGCCCGCCGCCCGUGGACGUGCUGGGCGUGGUGAUUUACGCCACGGAGCUGCUGCUCUGGAUGGGCGUGCUGGGCGCGGGGGGGUGGUAUAAUUUGAGGCCGUGGGUGAGGAGGAAGGGGUGGUUGAAGGGUGGGCGUGCUGACCAAGAGGGAGUGUCUGCGGAGGAGGAGGAGGAGGAGGAGGUGCCUCUCGACCAGUCCCUGUCAACCGGUCCGGCCACUCACCAUGCCCGUGGCGUAGUCCACCCGACAUGCAACCGCACUCUCAUCGAGCAAGCAACCCACGGCUGCGCACAACUCGCCCGCACCGCUGCCAAACAAGCCGCCAGCGGACCAACCGACCUGCUACGCCUCUUCUUCAAGAGCGCCGACGCAGCCACCCGCGCCAACAUCUCGCGCACCUACGACGCCAUCGCCGAUGAAUGCGCCGCGGGCGGCACCGGCGCCGUGUCCCUAAGCUGCGACAGUAGGCACUACUGCGGGCCGCACACGGCCGAGUUCACGCGCGCCAACUCGACCAUCAAUCUGUGUCCCAAUUACUUCAUGGUCAUGCGUGGCGAGAAGGUGAGCGACUGCGAGUGGCUGGGAUACGAGGGGUUCAUGAUCCACGAGAUGUCGCAUGCUGUGGCGGACACGGAGGAUAUUGGGUAUACGUAUGGGCUGCGGGGGAUUGCUGGGCUUUCGAGGCAGGAGAAUGUGCGCCAUGCGGACACGUUUGCGCAUUUUGCGAAUGCAAUUGCGCAUAAGUGUGCGAUUGACGUUUUGAAGGCCAAGGGACUCGUGCACGCUGGCGGAGAAAAUGCCGAGGGCGAUGGCAGGCCGGCGAAGGACGGCGUGGCAACGGGACAGGAGACCAGGCCAACGGAGGCAGUUCCGGAAGAGGCCCCUGAAGGCGGCACGCCGGAAGCAACUCCAGCAGUGGUCCCAGAUGGAGCUCCGGAAGGAACUCCAGAGUCAACUGGAAAGGUGACACCGAGUGAGGCUCAAGAGGCAUCUCCGCAGGAGACUCCGGAGGGACACCCAGAGGCGACUUCGGUUGUCGCCGCGGGGGGAACAUCGGACGAACCGCCAGAUGAACGGCCGGCGGAGACAUCGACACGUUCCGGGGGACGGCAGAUGUGCAAACCCGGGCGCAGGUCGGUGAGAAAACACUCGUAG